UCUCUGCAAGAGGAAAGGGAAGUAGGAGAGGGCGAAUCAGGCACUCAGCCCUUUUUCUCUCUUACAACUGCACCGCCGUUCAUGUUGACGGAACAGAGUCCAUGAACAGAGGCAACUCCUCUCCACCAAAAACAAGAAAACCCUCAACUUUUUAACUGGGAUCUUUUGCCUUUUAAUUGUUUACAGUUGCAGAAGAUCAGCCAUGUCUUACCACAGCUUCCUGCUCGAACCUAUCAGCUGCCAUGCCUGGAAUAAAGACAGGACCCAAAUUGCACUGUGCCCCAACAGUCAUGAGGUUCACAUCUACAAGAAGGAGGGCGCCAAGUGGAGUAGGAUUCACGAGCUGAAAGAGCACAGUGGACAUGUGACAGGGAUUAGCUGGGCUCCGGAGAGCAACCGAAUCGUGACCUGUGGAACCGAUCGUAAUGCCUACGUCUGGUCACUGAAGAGCAACGUUUGGAAGCCAACCCUGGUCAUCCUGAGAAUCAACCGAGCCGCCAGAUGUGUCAAGUGGUCUCCAAAGGAGAACAAGUUUGCGGUGGGCAGUGGGUCGCGGCUGAUUUCAAUCUGCUACUUUGAGAAGGAGAAUGACUGGUGGGUUUGCAAACAUAUUAAGAAACCGAUUCGCUCCACUAUACUGAAUCUGGACUGGCAUCCCAAUAACAUCCUGUUGGCUGCGGGAUCUUCUGACUUCAAGUGCAGGAUAUUCUCGGCCUACAUCAAGGAGGUGGAGGAGAAGCCCUCGCCUACGUCCUGGGGCUCGAAGAUGCCAUUUGGAGAGAUGAUGUUCGAGUCCAGCGGGACGGGAGGCUGGGUUCACGGGGUCUGUUUCUCCGACAGUGGGGACCGCGUGGGCUGGGUCAGCCAUGACAGCACCGUGAGCGUGACGGACUCCAACAAGAAGACGGUGACUGCGUCGCUCAAUUCAGAGUCUCUACCUCUCCUGACUGUUACCUUCAUCACAGAGAACAGUUUAGUGGCAGCGGGUCAUGAUUGCUACCCGGUGCUGUUUACCUAUGACGGUGACAAGGUGACGUUUGGCCGGAAGCUGGACAUUCCGAAGCAGAACGUGCAACGUGGGAUGACCGCUCGGGACAAGUUCAAAAACCUGGACAAACACGCCAAGGCCGAUGACAAUGUCACGCUGGACACUAUCCACAAAAACAGCAUCAGCCAAAUCACCAAUCUUGAUGGUGGAAAGAAGAAUUGUACCAGCUUCUGCACCACGGGCAUGGAUGGUGGGAUGGCAAUCUGGGAUUUAAAGAGCCUGGAUGCAGAGUUGAAAGGCCUGAAGAUUGCCUGAAUCACGGGACCAAUCUCCUAGCAAUCUGCAACGCCUUUAAUUACCGCUUAAACCAAUGCAUUUGCAACUAUUUCCAAGUUAAGGCCAAUUGUGUUGAAAUGAUGAUCACUCUUCUAGGAAUUGUGUACCUGUCAAUUUUACUAAGUGUAACCUGGUACUCUCUAAAAGGUACAGAAAUCUCACAUUCCACCAAAUUGCUUUGCAGUGACUCCGUGCUCUUGUAUUUGAAUGCUGCGUUAGGUGCCUUGGGCAAGUCCCAGUUACUGUCCUCAGGGGUUUGUCAGAUUAAACUCAAUGUUAUCCUUUUAACUGAAAAGCAAAUGGAGCAAAAAACUUGUGCUAUUUAGUCAUUUUCAAGCUAUCUUUGCUGGUCAUAAGAUGAAACCUGUUUCAAAGCUCUUGGGAUAAUAAAAAGAAACAUUAAACAA